AUGAUCGCAAAAUCUCGAACUGAAAAAGAGCACAUACAGGUUUUGAGAAAAUUAUUCUUGAGGCUGAGAAAGUUUCAGCUAAAGCUCAAUCCAACAAAGUGUACUUUCGGGGCUGGAUCAGGGAAGCUGCUAGGUUUCGUUGUCAGUGAAAAAGGAAUCGAGGUCGACCCCAACAAAGUCAAAGCUAUACAGCAAUUGCCUCCACCGCGCUCUCAGAAAGAAAUUCGAGGUUUUCUGGGAAGACUAAAUCACAUCGCCCGGUUCAUUUUGCAGCUAACAGAGAAAUGCGACCCCAUAUUUCAGCUUCUCAAGAAACACAACCCAGGUGUGUUGGACGAAGAGUGCCAGAAGACCUUUGACAAGAUGGCCGUAAAAGGGAGUGCAAUAGCAGAUUUUCUAGCCAGUAGAGCUUUAGAAGAUUACGAGUCUUUAAACUUUGAUUUUCCUAAUGAGGAUCUGAUGUAUGUGGCAACCACCCAAGAAGACACUCCAGAAGAUCAUUCUUGGAAACUGAAUUUCAACGGAGCAUCAAAUGUCGUUGGUAAUGGAAUUGGGGCAGUCUUGAUAUCCCCAAGCGGAGAUCAUUAUCUAUUCACUUACAAAUUGAAUUUUGAUUGCACAAAUAAUAUGGCAGAGUACGAGGCAUGUGUCAUGGGUAUCCGUGCAUCCGUAGAGCGCAAAAUCAAGGUGUUAGAGGAAAUAAGAGAUCCAAAGUUGAUCAACUACCGAGAGCUGGUUCUGGAUUUAAUCAAGGUCUUUGAGGAUAUCACUUUUCAUUAUCUCCCACGUGAUGAAAAUCAGAUCGCUGAUGCCCUGGCUACGUUAGUUUCCAUGAUCAAAGCAAAUAAUCAAGAGGAAAUGAAGCUGAUCCAGAUGAGUAUUUGUGAUGCCCCAGCUUAUUGCUGCAAUAUCGACAAAGAAGGGGAGAGGGAUGAUCAUCCUUGGCAUCAGGAUAUUUUACGAUAUGUGAAAAAUCGUGUAUGUCCUGAUCAGGCAACUGAAAAUGAUAAAAGAAUGUUGAGGAGGCUGGCCGGUGACUAUGUCUUAGACGGGGAAAUCCUGUAUAAAAAAAGGAAAGACCAAGUGCUACUAAGAUGUGCUAACACUGUUGAAGCAAAGAAAAUCCUGGAAGAAGUCCAUGAAGGUGUCUGCGGGAUACAUGCCAAUGGGUUCACAAUGGCCAGAAAAAUCAUGAGAUUCGGGUAUUACUGGUCUGUAAUGGAAGGAGAUUGCAUCAACUAUGCUAAGAAAUGUCAUAAGUGUCAAAUUUAUGGUGACAAGAUCCAUGUGCCUCAUUCACCUCUUCAUGUUAUGACUUCCCCAUGGCCGUUCUCAGUGUAG